GACUCGGAGGCCUCGGCAGUGCUGACGUCACACGCCGGUUGGCCGUACCGUCGCUUCUCGUAGAGCUGCAGUCAAAUCAUCAGGAUUACCAUCGGACAAAACUGAAAACACGAGGGGCUUCUCUUCUGGAUUUAUUUGUGAUACACAUCGAUCCAGCCGUAAUAUGGGCAAAGAAAGCAUCUGGCUGCUGGUUAUUUUGGUUUGUUUUGAAAACACGUGCGCAGAUUUUCUAAAUACUACUGCGACGUCGCUGCCGGGAAACACAACGGAGGGGAUUGUGGACUACUCUAAUGUUGAGUCCAAGUUCUCGCUGCGGACGGCGGAGGUUCCAGAUGAUGAUCUUUGCUACAUUGUCCCUGGUCAACCAGACACGGUCGCAGGCUGCUCGUUCAAUCUGGAGACCCAAACAUUUGUGGUCAUUCAUGGAUGGACGGUCACUGGGAUGUUUGAGAGCUGGGUGCCCAAGCUGGUUGCGGCGCUGUACAAACGGGAGCCCACUGCCAAUGUCAUAGUGGUGGAUUGGCUGAACCGGGCCCAGCAGCACUACCCCACGUCUGCCGCCUACACCAAGCUCGUGGGCCAAGACGUGGCCAAAUUCGUCAACUGGCUGGAGAAUGAAAUCGGUUACCCCUGGGAGAAGGUUCACCUGCUGGGCUACAGUUUGGGUGCACAUGUGGCUGGCAUUGCAGGCUUUCUGACAAACCACAAAGUCCACAGAAUCACAGGCCUCGAUCCUGCUGGUCCAGGGUUCGAGUUUGCAGACCCCCAGAGCACCCUGUCACCUGAUGAUGCCAACUUUGUGGACGUCCUGCACACUAACACCAGAGGUUCUCCGGAUCGCAGCAUCGGUAUCCAGAGGCCAGUCGGUCAUGUGGACAUCUAUCCAAAUGGAGGGACCUUCCAGCCAGGCUGUGACCUACAGAACACCAUGCUGAUGAUUGCUACCACUGGCUUCCAGAACAUGGACCAGAUUGUGAAAUGUUCUCACGAGCGCUCCAUCCAUCUGUUCAUCGACUCACUAGUGAACAAGGAGAAGCAGAGCAUGGCCUACCGGUGCAACAAGAAGGAGGCCUUCGACAAGGGGUUAUGCCUCAGCUGCCGCAAGAACCGCUGCAACACACUAGGCUACCAGGUCAAUAAGGUCCGCUCCCGCAGGAGUGCUAAGAUGUACCUCAAGACGCGAGAGAUGAUGCCCUUCAAAGUGUUCCAUUACCAGGUGAAAGUGCAUUUAUUCAGCCAAGACAAACUGGAGUUCACCGAGCAGCCCAUGAAGAUGUCCCUCUACGGAACUGAUGGGGAGGCAGAGGCCAUUGCCUUUACCUUGCCCUUGCUGUACUCAAAUACUACAGUCUCCUUUUUGCUGACAACUGAUGUGAACGUUGGGGACCUCCUGAAGGUCACGCUUCAAUGGGAGAACGACUCCCUUUUCAGCCUGUCCAGCUGGUGGAGCAGCAACAAGUUCUGGGUCCGCAGGCUGCGAAUCAAAUCGGGAGAGACACAGGCCAAGGUGAUUUUCAGUGCCAAAAAUGGGGAGUUUGCAUUCCUUUCCAGAGGAGGGGACCAUGCCGUGUUUGUGAAGUCCAAGGAUCAGCAAUCUAGCAGAAAAGAGGAAAGGCGUCAUAAGCGGAAAAUGCAGGGCAGCCUCUUUACGAAAAGCACCGAGUGAAGACGUGCAGAAUCACUGGUCUCAGCGGGUGUCACAAUCACAUGGAGAAACACAGAGCUCCUUAUGAAAGCUUUUCCCUGGGCAAUGUCCACCACAUAUACUUGUAUGUUUUGUAUAAUUUUCAAUACUUGCCUGUGUCUGUUUUCGGUCACGUACCUCAAAAUUCAAACAAGACCUGUGGUUGUCAAUUGAUUAUUACCAAACAUGUCCAUACGCUGGGCAAAUAUUUUGCAUAACCUGUAUGGUGACACAGCAGUUGGACAUAAAAUUAAGCACUUUUGCUUUGGUGUUUGCAAUAGAACUCAUUAACUUUGUCCUUUAUAUUUAUCUGAUGUUAUUUGCGCUGAAAAACAUAGUUUUGAAAAUCAUUUAUGUUGGUAGAAAACAUAUCAACUUAUGAAAUUCAGUAAGAUUUCAUUUCUGUUUCCUUUUGUGCCAUUUUACCUCUUUUUUUACCUUUUUUAAAUCAAAUGUAGGAUGUAAUGUACUUGACACUGUAGUUACAUUAUGAUGAUUGCAUUGACAUAAGGAAAAAUGGAUUAAUUCCCACAAGAAGGCCUGCUGGCACAUAUUUCAUAUAAACCACUGGAGAUCAAAGAGUUUGAUCAAUCGCACAUAAAAUUAAGAUAACAAAAACAGUAAACUGAAAGCUUAAUAGUGCUUUAAGGGUCCUAAUUCUAAAACUACUUUUACAUAUUAAUGACCAAAGGCGGACAUUGCGGCCAAUGUGUAAUGUUAAAUUUCGCUUUUCUUUAACUUUACCAGACAUUUUAUUUGUGUUUAUUUAAAGCCUCUACUUUUUAUAUUCGUGUAGUUGGUUACUAUGAUUGGCACAGGUCACUUUAAAGUCCGCAAUCUCAAUCAGCCAAGUGAUCAUGUCGUUUGUUGGAGCCAGAUGUGCCGCAAAGGGCCCUGGCAGGUUCAGCACAGCACUGCGUCCACCUCCUUCAGUUUAAAAGUGUUCCUGUGAUCAAGCCACGUGCCGUUUUUGAUUUUUUAAUCAAACUGCUCAGCAGUUAAGACAUGCAUUAUACCAUGUUACUGAAAUGUCAGCCUGGUGGAAAGAAAAGGUUGAGUGUUGUGAGAACUCACAUUGGCUGACUGAAAAGAACUUUUGUUAUUCUUCAGAACAGGUCAAACUCUAUUUAUUGAAUGUACAUAAUUGUAUACUACGCUGUAAUAUAUUUGUGCCAUUUCUUUUUUGUUUCUUUUCAUUUUCUUUUUUAGUGCAGCAUUUUGAAUGUGCCCAGUUGUACUGGUAAAACUGUCUGUAUGUGACUUUGAGUGCCUUUUCUAUUUCAUACAUACAGUAUAUACUAUUUGGUUUGUAAAAACAUAUAAUCUUCUAAUAAACAA